AUGGCUAACCAACGUAUGGAGCUUACUACGCCAGCAGUGACAUGGCAAUUUCGCACGAUUUACCUUACUGCAUACAACGUCCUCUUCGCAUCGCUAUGGGCAUCGGUCUUCGUUCGAGCCGUGUCUAAUGCUCGAAAUAGCAAAUUCGAGCUCUUUGAUGCAACAGAGCCAUAUGCGCGAUGGAUACAGACCGCUUCGUUGAUAGAAGUCUUACAUGCGGCGUUUGGUGUCAUCAAAUCUCCAGUCAGCACAACCGCACUUCAAGUUGUUACACGCGUCAUACAGGUUUGGGUGGUGUGGUACAGCUUUCCGCAAAGCACGGCAACUUCGCAUGCUUAUCUUGCCUUGCUCCUUGCUUGGUCGGUCGCAGACACCGUCCGGUACCUGUAUCUUGCGGUCAACAUGCACGGGAAAGCUCCGAAAGGACUGGUAUGGCUCCGGUAUACCAUGUUCUACCCACUCUAUCCGGUCGGUAUCGGGGCUGAGUGGUGGUUACUGUACCGGUCUAUUGCUCCUGGAGCGAAGGUCAACCCAGUCAUACCGCCCGUCUUUUACUUCUGUUUGAUGCUCUACAUUCCAGGUUCCUACACCAUGUACACCUACAUGAUCAAGCAAAGAAGGAAGACACUGGGUUCCAGACACAAGGUCCAGUAA